CGGCCGGCCACACUUUGUUACACUCUCCAAGUCACUCUUCUCUCAUCCUCGAUAUGGACGAGGCCGCUGCUACAUCGUCGUCGUCCUCAUCAAUAGCUGCGCCUGCUGAGGUGAUAGCAGCGACAGAGGCCACUUCAUCCUCCUCACCACCAUCGCAACCAGCUCCAUCUACUUCGGCAUCUGCCAUCGCAUCCACCUACACUCUCUCGCCAUCCUCCUCCUCCUCCUCCCUCAUCCUCGGCGUAGCAGUAGUAGACUUCAACCACCUUCAAGGCCCAAUCGUAGAAUGGGCCUAUCCCUCUUCACUUCUUUCACCAGACCAUGCCGAUCUCACAUCCUCAUUGCCCUUCUGCGCCCUCCCUGACGGCUCCCACCUCUCCGACGAGGACUUUGCCCAUUUCCACCUCCUCUGUCCCAGCAUUUCAGAACAGAGUACCGUUUUCGGCAUCUCGUGCAAUCGACAGAUUGCCAGCGAUAAGCUUCUGAAGAAGGGGAAAGAUGUGACGAGGAGUACAGUGCAGAAGGCAGUAGUGGUCUUGGCUAGGCAGCCGGUAUUUGCGCCUUUGAGGGAUAAGUUGGGAAUCGUCACUCGCGCCUAUUUUGCUCAGGGGGAUCUGGCAGAGACGGGUAUCCUCGUCGAUUUUCACGAUACUCUAGAGGCAGGGCUGAGGGCUGCCGGGCUGAGAGAUCCUAUCACAGCGGGAGAGGAAGGUGGUGGUGAGCCGGAGGAAGGGGCUCCCACACCGGCUGUGGCUGAGGAUUUGAGGGAAGGGGUCAUGUACAUGGGCACCUCGCUGCGGGAGCUCGUGUUCAAAUUCAGGUUUAAGACCCUGAUGCUCGUCAAGCUCUUGUUGCUGCAGAAGAGGAUCAUGUUCUUUGGCUACCCCGUCGAACGCCUCUGUGUGUACGAGUAUACACUCGUCUCCCUCAUUCCUGGCCUCCUUCUCUCCCUCUCGGACUGCUCCUCCCCUUCCCUAGACUACACGGCCAAUCACAAGCUCUCCGUCGCAGAAGACGUAAAGACUUCGGAUCGUCGCUCCCUCCUCCGAUUCUGUGGCUGCCCGCUCCGCCUCUUUGGCGAAGGAGCCUUCUUCCAGCCCUACCUGCCACUACAGCAGAUCGACCUGCUCAAGGCACCCAGUUGGCUGGUGGGGACGACGAAUCUCAUCUUCAGGCAACAGAAGGAGUAUAAGCCUGACGUCGUGGUGGACUUGGAACAUUGCACCCUCGAUUUCGCAGCGACGCAUCAGCCACCCGAGAGCGUACAGGGAACAGCACCUCAUGCCACGAAUGCUGAACCUAGCUUGGCGCAGAUUGUCUCCCUUACCCCGGCCGAUCGCAAGUGGAUGGACGAGCUGGUCAGCGUCGUGACGGAGAGCUACAAUCCGGAGGACCCGGCAAGACCUACUACGAUGCGAUUUGAAGGAAGUGAGGAUUGGCUGCGGGCCAAGUUCGAGUCUUACGUCUGCGCCAUGCUCUCCUGCACCAAAUAUUCAGACUUCCUCGACAAGAGUGACCCAGCCGCCGCAGCAGCAGCCUUUACUCCCGGCUCUCAUCCCGCCGCUCCGCACGCCUCCUCCUCAUCAGGCACUCUAACACCAAACGGGGGCUCUGCUACCACCCUUGCGGGCACCAACACCAAAACGGCAGGCAUAGAUGCGCCAGACUCCGUGGAGGCGAUAAGGGACUUUAACCCGCUCUUCCUGAGCGCCUUCAAGCGCACGAAAGCCCACGCCGUCUGGUCAGCGUCUACCUCGCCCGUCCUCUUCGAUCUGGUGCCCUAUCGUCACCCGUGCGCCGGGCGAGUCUCUGCACUCGAGGACGUUGGGCUGAGGCUCAGUGCUGGGUUGCACGACCUGAGGCUCGAGGAGCAGGUGAGGGAUACGAGAGAGUACGUGGAGAAGGCGGGGCGCGGUCUCUUUAGCAUGGCAGAGCGAUUUGGGAAUGAGAUGGCGAAGCGGAGACGUGAGUGGGUGGAGCAUCAGCAACAGCAGCAUGCCCAGCAGGCAGCGGCGGGCGCGGCGGGCGCAGAUAAUGAGGGACGAGCCAGCUCGGAGCAAGCUCCGUCGUCGGCCACCUCGCCGGGAGGAGCGGUGACUGCCCUAGACGAUAUCACAGACCAUCGUCGACGCCAGGGCCUGGCCCAAUCUAACGCCAAUGGCACGUCAUCGUCUACGGUGGUGGAAGGAGCAGGCGCCGGCGAGAGGCUGGAAGCGGCACGUCAGACCCUCGCCCCUCACGCUGCGGCCGCACAGCAAGCUGCGAUGGCAGCGGGUACAGAAGUGAGGGCAGCGUUAGGCAGGUUUGGAUCGUAUUUGGGUAGUAGAGGAUGGGGAGCAUCGACACCGACUCCGUCAACGCCUUCAACACCACGACCACCACCGCCCACCUGACCUUACGCUGUUCUCUUCCUCGCUCAUCCGUUCAGCAAUACCAACCAAUCGCAGCAAAAGGGCUCCUUCGGUGCACUUCCCGUCGAUUCGUCUG